UAGCGCCGAACAGACAUCUACAAAAAACCCCGCUGCUGCAAUAUUGAAAAAGUUCAGAUCCUAAAUCGGGAAUAGAUUAUGUAUAUUUACCGAAUAUAGAGCUGAAAUAAAGUGCGGAAUAAAAGUUAUCUUGAUGCUAACCGGUGCAACCCGUCGUGUAUAGCUGACAAUUGGACAUAUCGGACGUAACAUUAGUAUGCAGCUAUUAAAACCAGUUGCGAAUGCAUGUACUCACAGCAGAUAAAUCCAGGAUUGCACCAGCUGCAGUCAUGUACAAGACCGAAUCUCUUCAGACGCAGGCCACAAUGCCCAUGGUCCGGAUACGCUGCAUGGAGGGCGCGCUCGGUAAAUGGCUGCCACUGCAGCAAAAUUGGAGCAGUCGCUGUUGCACGCUGCCGGAACGCUUUAUGAAGAGCGUCCAGCGUAUCCAUGCCUUUGAGACUCGCGACAGCGAUGUGUUUGUGGUGACCUUUAUGAAGUGCGGCACCACUUGGAUGCAGGAGCUGGCGUGGUUGCUCCUUAAUCAGCUGGACUUUGAGGCCGCCAAGAGCAGUUAUGUAAUGGAGCGCAGCCGAUUUCUAGAGUAUUCAGCGAUCACGCCCCAGUCUGUUGAUACGAUAACAGCAUGCGAGGAGAUGGUCAGUCCACGAUUGAUAAAAUCCCAUUUGCCGGCUCAAUUGUUGCCCCAACAGGUCUGGCAGCAGGGCCGUAAAAUUAUAUACGUGGCCCGCAAUCCCAAAGAUGUUGUCGUCUCCUCGUAUCAUUUUUUGAAUGGCACCAAAAUGUGGGAGGGCGAUUUGAAUACAUUUGUGAACGAGUUUAUAAAGGAUGAGAUUUUAUAUACCUCCUUCUGGUCACAUAUUGUGGAUUUUUGGAGAAUGCGCAACGAACCCAACAUUUUCUUUGUAACCUAUGAGGAAAUGAAGCGGGAUUUAAGAUCUGUAAUAAAGAGACUAUGCAAGUUUUUAUCUGUGGAUGAUGUAAAAGAUAAAGAAAUGGAACAAUUGCUGCAGCAUUUAUCAUUUGACAAUAUGAAAGGCAGCAAAUACAGCAAUCUGACGGGUCUUUUAAGAACAACGCAAAAUACUACCAAGGACUUUGAAUUCAUGCGUCGUGGAGUUGUGGGCUCCUACAACGAUGAGCUGAGUGCCGUGCAUAGGCAAAAGCUAGAUAAAUGGACCAGCGAUUUUUUGAAGGCAUACGAUAUUAGGGAGUCGGAUAUAUUUGGUGAAUUGUAAAAACAUUUGAAUAUAAUUUCUUUUCUUUAUGAUCCGCACCAAAGAUAAUUUCAAU